AACAAAAUAAAAGGGGGCGAGAAAUGGAAAAAACAAGAGGGAGGGGGCGAGAGAUUGCUGUUAAAAUGACAAAAUGGUCAAGAAGACCGUCUGCAUGAUACAUAACACUAGGGACCGAGAUAUAGGGCAAAGUGCCUGGACAUGCAAACACACAGCUCAAGUGCAAAUGGUCUUGGAAGGCUGGGAGGUCAUUUUGUGGUCAGUCUCAAAUCAAAUGGCUUAGAACACUCAAUACUGCCACACUGAGUCCCUUCUUCUGUGAGCACUAAUCAGGCCAAAACACAGAGCAGAAAACACUGUGAUCACUAGGCAAAACAAUCCCAGCUAAUCCUCAACAUAUGCCCUGCAUGUUCCUCUGUGCCAUGCUGCACAUCUGUCUCAGCCAGGUGCACUGAGAUACACACACAGAAAGAGAGAAGCAGAGCCAGAGCAAGUGAGACGAAAUGAGGCACAGAGAAAUUAGAGCGAAUAAAAUAAUAGAAAUGACUGGUAGAAAUGACCUAAGGACUUGAGCAGUAGCCUAUAGAUAUUUUCCCACACACUUCAAACAGCAGCAAAUAGCCUAGUAAGCCUACACAGCGCCAGCGCUCUGACCCAGAUUCCUCUACAUGUAGACCUAAUUACAGGUCUUACAACAGAACCAACCCUCACCAAAAGACAAAAGCAAACUAAGAACAUUACAGAGGAAGUUAAUAAAUAACAUAUGUGCAAGUCUGCAUUGGCAAUAUUAAUUCAGAAACUAAAUAAGAUUAGCUUCUUUCUGAGAAGAGCCAAAUUAGUUCAUAGUUGCAUCAUUGUCAGUAUGAUGGUUAUGAUUACAGAACGGUGCAAUUCAUUCAUUUUGUAAUAAAACGUACAAAAUCAGAUCGUUCUUAUUCUCUAGUUAUGUAAGAAUAGAGGAUAUAGCUUGUGCCCUGACACUCCUUGCUCUCUACUACCGUUUUAUGAGUCUUGCUGUUACAAACUUUCUAGGAAACCAUCAAUCACAGCUAACUAACCUCGUUUUUUAACACCAUGUUUUAAUAAUGACUGCAUCAAGUGGGCAGGAAAGAGGGGGUGAAAAAAACAACCUUUUGAGCACAAUGCAUCUGGGAAAUGCUUCAAGGUCUCUUCUUUGGACCGGGUGAUAAAUUAUGCAUCCAUGACACCACUUCAAAAUUAGCCAUUCAUGAUUAAAGAGAAAGGCACAAAAAGCCAGGGUUGUUUGCUUCAAAAUAUUGACCAAUUUGUCAACUGGCAAGAGUUCUGACAGUACGGUCAAGAUGGCCAGCCCCAGUGAGUUUAUUCUGCUCUCUGACAGUACUGUUCUGUAAGGCUCAGAGUGCUGCUGUCCUUGGUCCUGAAGAGAUCCUCUCUGCAAUUGGCCGCACAUCCUCCAUUGUCCAGACUGAAUAGCUAUGGAUAGAAUCAAAUUAACAUUUCCCCCUGCAGCUUCCCCAGGUAAAUCACUUCUCAAAUUUCCUGCAGAUAGAUUAACCCAUUUUCCACCUAAAUUAUACACAAUAGUCAAAAUGAGGGUUCCCAUGCGGUGAAAGAUAAGAAACACCUUAGAAAAUCAGUAGGCUGAAUAAUCAUUAUGCAUGUAUGUGUCAGGAGUGCAGCGUUACCUAGCACUUAUUGGUUGGACACAUACAACAGUGUUCCUGUAGGGUGCAUGUAACACUCCAGCAUGGCUGUACUCAGGCCUCUGUAAAAAGCCCCAGUUUGUGUCUGGCUGAGGGUGUCACUCAGUCCUCCUCCCCUAAAAAAAAAGCACACAGCUAGCCCAGAUUGGAAUAGAAACAAGAGGGAUGAAAGGAACCAGGAGGAUGAAGAGGGGCUAAGCCUCCCCUCUCUUUGUCUCGUUCCCUCAAACUCCAGGGCAAAAAGCCACGCUGUCAGAUUCAGCCAUGGUGCUGGUGUUGACCUGUAUUAACCUUCAUCACUUCUGUUUGGGUUGAGAAACCUAGUGUAAGUCAUCUGUGUUUCUCUCAUCAUCCGUAUUGAUUCUCACUCUCUCUCUCUCUCUACACCCCCAGACCACAGCAGGGAAGACAAGCAAGCACUCCAAUCAGACUUUAUUCACUCCAAAACCUGCUGAACAAUCAGAAACUCCCCACCCCCGCGACCACACUUAACAUUCAGGGUACAUUGGGGACCAUUGCGAUCAACUUGUAGUAAUCAAACGUUGAAUAAUUGAUGAAAGGACUUUUAAACCCAAAAUUGCUGAUUUAACAGGCCUCUUGAUAGUAACCAACCAGGACUGUCGCUGCAAUAUCCCAUUUCAAACACCUCAGCAUAAAGCUACCUUAUUAGGCUAGUGUCUCCAUAAUGUUUCUCACUGGAGCAGUGGUCUACAGGCAAUUGCAGACAGGAAAACACUGACUGCUAACCAGCUGAAUGUACAGUCUGCUAAGGGCUUGUGUAAAUAGAAUGAUAACUGCUUUAAUCACAGCAGUAAUGAAGCCAUCCCUUACUUUGGCCCAACUGUUAGGCUAAUAAAUGAUGAAGACGGGGGUGAGGCUGCUAGCUCUCCCUCCUCCAAAACCUCUUACAUCCUCUCUUCAUUUUGACUAAUUUUUCCUACGCACAUUUUCAGCAUUUUCUCCUAGCCAUUCCAAUUCCAUCUUUCCCCCCUUCUAUCGAAAGCCAGGACUGCUCAAGGCUCUCCCUCCUCCCUUUCCCUCUCACAUCUCAGUAGCAGACACACUUUGCAGUCUCUCCCUCGCUCACACACACGCUUGCUGCAGCAGAAGCCACAAAUCAGACUGGUACAGCACCGGACGGCAGGGGAAAAGAACGUCAAAACAAGCGAUUGAGUUGUGAAUAAGCACGGCGACCACAGAGGUGAAACAUGCAACCGUAAUAGGUUGUUGACGUCUACAGUUAAUAACCUACUUUAACAGCACUGUUCCUUUCCCUGGGCUUGUCUGGACGACUAAAACACAAAAAAAAGGCAGCAUGACGGAAGGAACAAGGGAGUGAAAAGGAAUUGUUACCCUUCCCACACAGUGGGAAACUGGGAGGAGAAAGGGGGUUGGAGGUCAGGUGGUUAAAGCUGCUCUCCAACAGAGAUAAAACACAGACUUGGGGAUGUUCUAGAGCCGCACUGAUUCUGCAAAGGACAGAUGCGCAGCGAGAGGAAAGAGGGGUCUGAAUACCAAUAACUGCAGAGUAAAGAGAAGAGACUGGAUACUGUCCUGGGAGAAGACUGAAGGCUGCAAUUAGUGAAUAGAUGGAGGAUAAACGCUACGAAGCAGACUGAAAUGUUUCACACAUUUCAAAUAAUUUGUUAUCUAGGAAACAUAAGCUUGUCAUCUCUGAAAGCCUCCGGGCUCAUGCUUGAAAAACUACAUCUGAUUAUUUCGAUUCAUGCUCCAGUUACCAGAACGAAUCAAUGGACUUGGCAUCCUGAACAGCAUAAGCAGCAAACUUCUGUCAAUGGAUAACCAGCUCAACAAUGCCUAAAUCCAAAUCACAAAUAUCACACCCAUACUCUCCACCCCGCUCAAAAUCCUCUCGGAGGCCCUCUCCAAAGCAACAGUCUCUAAAAGGUGUCCACCCGGAAAUAAACCUGUUAUCUCCUAUUGAACUCAAGCCAAAAGUCACCAGCCCUUCCCUGAGACCCCCUGCCUGCUCUAUGACCCCACAGACUGUAGUCUGGCUGGCCGUGGUGACCUGCUCCUGUGUGUUUUCUGCUCUGCUGGGCCCGGGCGUGUCCGCUGGAGAGACCUGGGGCAUGGUCUCCAUCUGUCCCUUCCACUGUGUGUGCCGAAACCUCUCAGAGUCUCUGAGCACGCUCUGUGUCAACAAGGGCCUGCUGUUCGUCCCUCCUGACAUUGACCGGCGCACAGUGGAGCUCCGUCUGGCUGACAACUUCAUCCUGGAGGUGGGCAGAGUGGACUUUGCCAACAUGUCAGGCCUGGUAGAGCUAACUCUGUCCAGGAACACCAUCCAUGCCCUGAAACCUCUGGCCUUUGCUGACCUUGAGAGCCUGCGUUCACUCCACCUGGACACCAACCGGCUGACCGUGGUGGGGCCAAAAGACCUGUCCGGCCUGACUAACUUGCAGCACCUCAUCAUCAACAACAACCAGCUGACCAACGUCUCCACCGAGGCAUUUGAUGACUUCCUGCAGACGCUGGAGGAUCUGGACCUGUCCUACAAUAACCUGAGGAAGGUCCCCUGGGAGGCCAUCCAGAACAUGGCCAGCCUGCACACUCUCAACCUGGACCACAACCUCCUGGACCACAUCGCCGAGGGAUCCUUCGGAGAACUCUACAAGCUGGCUCGUCUCGACAUGACGUCCAACCGGCUGCAGACUCUGCCCCCUGACCCCCUGUUCUCCCGCUCCCAGACAGGCGUGGUCAGCCCCACCCCCUACAACGCUGUCAUCAGCCUGAGCUUCGGUGGGAACCCCCUGCACUGUAACUGUGAGCUGCUGUGGCUGAGGCGGCUGAUCCGCGGGGACGACAUGGAGACGUGCGCCACUCCCGUCCACCUGGCUGGGCGCUACUUCUGGUCCAUUCCAGAAGAGGAGUUCACCUGUGAGCCUCCGCUCAUCACACGCCACUCCAACAAGCUGUGGGUGCUGGAGGGCCAGAGGGCCACGCUGAGGUGCCGUGCCAUUGGAGACCCAGAGCCAAUCAUCCACUGGAUCUCCCCAGACGACCGCAUCGUAGCCAACUCCAGCCGUGUGCACUCCUACUACAACGGAACCCUGGACGUGCUGGUGACCCGUGCCCGUGACGAUGGGGCCUACACCUGCAUUGCCAUCAAUGCUGCCGGGGAGGCUACGGCCCUGAUAGACCUGAAGAUCAUCCCCCUCCCUCACCGUGGCAACAACACUGUCCCCCUAACCAGCCCCCGAGGGGACCCUGGGUCAUCAGAUAUCUCCAGUGGGAGAAGAGGGGCAGGCCGGAACAGGAAGGGUGAUGGAGGGGUGGUGACUGUCAAGAACGCCACAGAGGGGGAGAGUGGAGAUGGAGAUGCCAGUGAGCAUUUGGUGGGGGUCCUGGGAGCGACUGCCACCUCUGCCCAGGUGCGCUGGGUCCUGGGCCGGGCCACUGGGCCGUACCUGGUGUGGAUGUACCAGAUCCAGUACAACUGCACUGCAGACGACGCCCUGGUGUACAGGAUUCUGCCUCCAACAAGCAACGCUUUCCUGCUAAAGAACCUUGUGUCUGGAGCCGACUACAGCCUUUGUGUCCUGGCCAUCUUUGACGACGGGCUGUCCACCCUGGCCACCACCAAGGUCCUGGGCUGCACCCAGUUCAGCACCAAGGAGGACUUCCCAGAGUGCCGUUCCCUGCAGGCGCACUUCCUGGGCGGCACACUGACAAUCAUGGUGGGCGGGGUCAUCGUGGUGAUGCUGCUGGUGUUCACCGUGGCGAUGAUGGUGAGGCACCGCGUCUGUGGAGACUGCAGAGACGAGGGUCACUACCCUGCCCAUCACCAUGACAACUUCCUGCCCUCCAAGGGAGAAGUGGACGUUUACGCUCAGACCAAUGGGAACGGGAGAGUGAUGAUGGUGGCUCUGCCCAAAGGCAUUCUUGGCCAAAAGGCUAAGCCCCUGCCAUCGAAAACCAAACCCCAAGCCAAGAACAAGCCCAGGACAACGCUUGACUCUGAUCAGCUCAGUGGAGAGAGAAAGGCUGAGGAGCUGGGCGUGAGGGGGAAAAGAUUCCCCCCUUUCACCCCUGAGAGUGAGAGAGUGACACUGUACUACUCCCCUGCCAACACCUCCCAGACCUUACCCCAUCCCAGAGCUCACAAGGCCCGGAGACACUCAGGCAAGCUCAAGCUGCGCCGCUCUGAGGAGAGGGAGAAAGACUUGGACAAAAUGGUGGGCUCCAGAUGCAGCCUGGACUCUGGGGCCCAAGGGGAGGAGGGGCGGUUGGAUGACUGGAGGGGCGAUCGUCCGCCACUCGGGAGGACACGCAGCUGCUCCUUUGAUGUGGGCGAGAUCGCCACAACAACCUGCUACAGCUAUGCCAAGCGACUGAGUGUGAUAUGGACCAGGAGGAGCCAGUCGGUGCACGGCAUGCUGGUCCAGUGCGCAUCAACGGCCAGUUCAGCGAGCAGCAUGGGCAGCGACCAACAGCCCCCUGCCCUCACACAUGGCUACCUGCACGCCUUCAACACCUCCAACUCUAACUCUAACACCAGAGUGGCUGCCAAAGCUGGAGACCUGGAGGAGAGUGUUGUGUAGGGUGGAGAGGAGGAGGAGAGAGGGACAUAAUGGAAACAAAGACUGAAACUGACAAAAUGGUGGAUGUAAAAGAUAUACAAGCCAUUUGGCUUUAUAGCUAGAAUCCUUAAUUGAAACAAAGCGUUCUCCCUGCCCGUUUUAGCCAAAAAGCUAAGGGAUGGGCCUGGAUAAAUGUAACCACUCAAAUUCAUAGAGGUAUGGAUGCAAGGACUAACAAUCCAUGAUAUCAAAUGUAUAGUUUUAACCAUGUUUUAAGGCUAUACAGGGUUUGCUUACAUUUAUUUACAAAUAUUGGAGUAAAACAAGCUUAUAUUUUGGGUUUUGAAGGGGUACGACAGUUGAACUAAGCUCACGAGGA